AUGCCCCGUCGCAAUCCAUUAUGGCUCCGUCUUCCCGGCUCCUCGUCCCCUUCAUCCUCUUCCACAACAGAGGAACUCCGACUCGCCGCCCUUUCUCCGUACCGUAACCCCAACGACGAGGUCUCUUCGAUUCCAGAUUCCCUUGAGCAUUCGCCUGCGAAGACGUCAGACGACGGGUCAGAAAUCUCGAGAGCCAAGUGAGUUUGCCCGUGACGCAUUCAAAUGUUUCACUCUUCUUUUCAGUUUCAGCUCUCCGAGCUCCCCCUCGCGGUCCCCGAACAAGAAGGUCUCUUGGUCCCUUUUCGACCAGGUUUCCCUCUCCGGAGAAGAGUUCCUCCUUCCCCGACGUUUCGAAGCGAUCGAACUGAUUCCCGGCACGAGCACUCGCUCCAGCUUCACUUCUUGCUCGGCUACAGACCUCAUGGAGAGCGAGCAUGUGACCAUCCGGAAGAUUUCUCUGCAGGACCCUCUGACAGCUCGCAAAGAAUAUCGCAAUAUCAUUCUGUGCCGUCUUCUCCCCCACCCCAAUAUCCUUCCGAUCUCCGAGGCCUAUGAAGUGGACUCGAUGUUGUACACGGUUUCGGAGCAGAUGGACGGGCGGCUCAGCGACAUUGUCGAGGAGAGGCUCACUCAUUUCGUCGUCGCCAAGAUUUCCCAUCAGAUUCUGGCGGCUGUCGCGAUGAUGCACCAGAAUGGAAUUGCUCAUGGGGUGAGCGACAGAAGCAAGCACCCCAUUCACUUAACGCCUUCUCAUUUCCAGGAUCUGACUCUCAACACGAUUUAUGUGAACACUGACGCCGAGCUUCGUCUGUGUUCCUACGGGAAAAGCGACGAUUCUUCGGAGUGUCUGGAGGAGAGAUUUAAAGGUAAUCGCUCGACUCCGGGUUAAACGGAAACGAAAACGCGGCUCUUCUUCCAGAUGACCUACUCUCAAUUGGUGCCAUUGUCUCGCGUUUUCUGAUGAACGAAGAGGAAAUGUUCAAGUUCUCCAAGUCCAGAAAUCACAAGGAUAUCGAUUGGAGAGUGGUGCUCGAGGGAAGCAGCGAUUCCGGCCUUCUCGGUAUGAUCAAUUCGACUCUGAAUGAAUUCGAGCACUUCCUUUUGCAGACUACAACGCGCGGUCCCUGCUCUUCCAGCUCCUUGAAGGCCGUCAGGCCGCUCGUGACCUCCUUCGCCAUCCCUAUUUCAAAUCAUUCCGUGCUCCCCAGCACCAAACCGUCGAAAGGAAGCAUACUGUUGUUGGGCAGAAGACUUCUGAUGAGGUCCUAGGUGAGCUCGAGAAUCUUUCUCGAUCUGUAUCUUAUUCAUCGUUUUUCAGAUAAACUUCGUGAAGAACUGCAGCGAUUCAACCCGUUCAACAUGUCAGAAAUCAUACUUUAA